AUGUCCAACGCAGAUCCCAUCAUUGAACGAGUGAAAUCAUACAAAGAGAACGAGAAAGAACCUGCCAUUGAACACGUCGAACGAGUCGAGGCAUCCACCGCCAAAGGAAGAGCUAAAAAAUAUGAAGAUGACGCAGCUGAGAUCCUUCGUCAAGCCGGUAAUCUUGAAUACACCGUAGAGGAUGACAAACGAGUACUUCGAAAGAUCGAUCGAUGGGUGCUGAUCCCAAUGUUCUUCACUUACACUCUGGUACAUCUCGAUAAGAACGCUUUAUCCUAUGGUGCUGUGUUCGAUCUGCAAAAAGAAACUCACCUCGUUGGCUCUCAAUACUCAUGGCUUUCCAGCUCCUUGUACUUGGUCCAACUGAUCAUUCAACCUCUUGCUGCUCUCGCUUUGGUCAGACUUCCUCUGGCAAAAUGGGUCGCUGCCAACGUAUUCGGAUGGGGACUUUCCGUCGCUUGCAUGGCUGCUGCCAAGGAUUUCAAAACCUUGAUGGUCUGCCGAGUAUUUGUCGGAGUAUUCGAGGCACCAAUCUCUCCCACGUUCAUGGCCGUAUCCCAAUUGUGGUGGCGAAGACGAGAGCAGACCUAUCGAAACACCUUUUGGCUUCUUUCUAGUGGUUUUGCUUCCCUCGUCGGACCGCUUACCGCCUUCGGCGUCGGUCAUAUCCACACUGGAACCUUGCGACCGUACCAAAGUAUCUUCAUCUUUCUUGGUUGUCUGACAGUAGUCAUCGCUCCAAUCAUCCUUUGGGCUAUGCCGGAUGACAUCAAAUCAGCGAGGUUCCUUGAUGUCCGAGAGAAAGCCAUUGCUGUCGAGCGACUUCGAGCAAAUAACACUGGCACGAAGACCUCUCACUGGGAGUGGUACCAAUGCCGGGAGGCCUUCCUUGACCCGAAGACCUACCUCUUCGGUAUCAUGCUGCUCGUCACAGCCAUUCCCUCUUCUGGAAUCAGCUCAUUCGGGGGCUUGAUCACCAAAGGCUUCGGCUUUACCUCUUUCCAAGCUAUUCUUUUCCAAAUUCCGAUGGCUGCAUUGAUGGUCAUCUUGACCACGGCUGGUACUUUCACAAUCAACAAGAUCAAGCUUCGUUUCCCUGUCAUUGCUUUCAUCACUAUUGCUCCCAUCAGUGGAGCCAUAGCCUUGAUUUAUGUAGAUAGGAGUAAGACUGGAGCCUUGUUGGGUGCUUACUAUCUAGUGACGAUUUAUAACUGUAUCCAACCUCUUUUAUACUCCUGGGCCAACUCUAACGCUGCCGGAACCACCAAACAAAGAACCAUUGGAGGUGUCCUAUUUGUGUGUCAAUGUGCCGGAAAUGUCAUUGGUCCACAAGUUUACUUUGCACGAGAGGCUCCAGUCUAUCAUACUGGUCUUUACACGGACAUCAGUUGCUGGUGUUUACUCUGUGUCCUCUGUUUGUUCAUGGGUUUCUACCUGAAAAUGCUCAAUCGUCGACAAGCCAAGAGACGAGAAGCCGCCGGGGGACAUGCGAACAUCCAAGAUACUUCUAUCAUGACCCUUGAGGAGGCAGCUGAAUACAACAAGAAGCUUGCGGCAGAAGGUGUUCAGGCCAACCAAAACGCUUUCGCGGACUUGACGGAUUUCGAAAACCCUGACUUCCAAUAUGUCCUGUAG